AUGCAAGAAUUUCGGAACCCUGACCCGUCAGUAGUCAUUCAAACUUCUCCAACUAGCGUGGCUAGUUCAAGCCAUUUAGCGCAACAAAGCCAGUCGCCUAGUAAGACAGAAUCAGCUACUCCUACACCAAUGACGGAAGGUCAAGAUGUUUUCGUGCCAGUAUCGACCGGUUCGAUACCUCAGUCGAUUCCCUCUAGGAAUGAUCAUCCAGUGCCCAGAAUUGGAAUUGCCAAUGCAACAAGCCCGGUUGAAACGAACAAGUUUUACAGCGGGUUAUUUCUAGGCACACAAACCAACAACACUUUCACGCACCCUUACAGCCUUGCAUGGGUGAGGGGCAAUGCAAAUCCGCGAAGCUUUGGCAUGGCUGUCUCACAUGUUGAGAGUGACGUGAUGGCACAGGGCCCAGUCAAUUCCGCGAUUCCCGGUAGCCCAAUAUCUUACUAUGUCAAUCCGAUUGGCAUUCAUUCCCUCAUCUUAUCAGCAACAGAACUGGGGGAGUCCACCGUACUCACCACGGAAAACCCGCUUCCAUUCUCGGCAAACGCGGUCCUGCAACCUCAAGCUGGUUCAUCUCAGAGAAUCACCUUGCCUGUGGUACAAGGCAUGGGAUUUGUGACCGCCGUGUAUACUAACCUCCAGCCUCGGAUCCAGUCCGGUGUACUUUUCAGUAACGUGGUAGCUGCAGGAUCUCCGCGACCUGGGAUAUUCAAGUACCGCGCCUCCCUCGAGAACGGAACAUCCUGGCUCGUUUAUGCGACUCCGGACAGUGGAAAUGACCCUGACCUCCGUCUGAUCUCCAACAACGAGAUCCUGGGACCUUCUAGUUGGUCAGGCACAAUUCAAGUAGCCAAGAACCCCGCAGGUACCUCAGGUGAAAAGUUUCAUGACAAUUCCUCCGGUGUUUUUGCCGUUGAGGGCGCCGUCAUGGGCUCGGUGUCCGGUAAAACUGGAACAUACAAGCUGCUGUGGGCCAAGGCAGGAAAGGAUGUUGACAGCACUCCAUUGCUCAUGUAUGCACUGCCGCAUCAUAUCGAGUCGUUCGACAGCAGUACGAGGAGCCGGGCGACCAAUCUCACACUCCGAACGACCACUAAAGGGCAGGCAACCGCAGUGGUUGGAGAAUACUGGACUAUGGUCGAAGGCGAUCUUCCAACUGAGAUGGAUUUUGCGCCAUGGUCUGUUUCGGCAGGCAGCGUCAAGAACAUAUCUCCAACUGCUAAGAACGUGAUCCUGACUGUUGCACCGACGGAACUUCAACAGAACAUGGACAACCAGACCAAUCUCAACAGCAUGUAUUUCAGCGGAAAGGCUCUCAGCAAAUUUGCUACCUUGAUAUAUACAGUCGACAGGCUCGGUGGCGAUAAGAAUCUUGCAGCUGACGCACUACAGCGGCUGAAGAAUUGUUUUGCCCGUUUCAUCAACAAUCAGCAGCAGUUCCCCUUGGUAUAUGACAAUGUCUGGAAGGGCGUGGUGUCGUCUGCCAGCUACGCGUCCGGCGACGUGGGCGCUGACUUUGGAAAUACUUUGUAUAAUGACCACCACUUCCACUAUGGAUAUUUUAUCCAUGCCGCCGCCAUUAUAGGAUCUCUGGACCCCCAGUGGCUUCAGACUAGCAAGGACUGGGUGAAUAUGCUUGUUCGGGACGCAGGAAACGCGGCUGGCAACGAUCCCCUUUUUCCCUUCUCGCGUGGUUUCGACUGGUUCCACGGCCACUCGUGGGCCAAGGGCCUGUUCGAAUCAUUUGAUGGCAAGGACGAGGAAUCGACCUCAGAGGAUGCCAUGUUUGCAUACGCACUCAAGAUGUGGGGCAAAACCAUUGGGGAUGCUAGUAUGGAGGCCAGAGGUAACUUGAUGCUGGGCAUCCUGCGCCGAAGCCUGCACAACUACUUCCUGAUGGAAAGCAACAAUAGGAACCACCCCGCAAACUUCAUCGCAAACAAAGUCACAGGCAUUCUGUUUGAGAACAAGGUCGACCAUACCACUUAUUUUGGCAACAACCUGGAGUACAUCCAAGGGAUUCAUAUGCUACCGCUCCUUCCGUCUUCUGCAUUCGUUCGCAGGGCGCAAUUUGUGCAGGAAGAAUGGGAUGCGCUGUUUGCAAGCCAUGGUCCCGCACCAGCCGAGAAGGUGGUGGGAGGUUGGAAGGGGGUGCUGUAUGCCAAUCUCGCCCUGAUUGAUCCGGCUGCUUCGUGGAACUUUUUCACGCAGCCCAAUUUCGAUUACGGCUGGAUUGACGGAGGCGCCACCCGGACCUGGUAUCUUGCCUACGCCGCAGGACUCGGCGGUGCUCCAUCAUAA